GGGGGGAGCGGCCUCGCUAUUAUUUAACAGAGAAGAAAAAAAUAUUUAAAGGAAAAAAAAAAAAAAGAAGAGACGGGAAAAUGGCGAACGAUUCUCCUGCAAAAAGUCUGGUGGAUAUCGACCUUUCCUCCCUGCGGGACCCCGCUGGGAUUUUUGAGCUGGUGGAAGUGGUUGGCAAUGGCACGUACGGGCAAGUCUACAAGGGUCGCCAUGUCAAAACGGGUCAGCUGGCAGCCAUCAAAGUCAUGGACGUUACUGAGGAUGAAGAAGAAGAAAUCAAACUGGAGAUUAAUAUGCUAAAGAAAUAUUCUCAUCAUAGAAAUAUUGCAACUUAUUAUGGUGCUUUCAUUAAGAAGAGUCCUCCAGGACAUGAUGACCAACUGUGGCUUGUUAUGGAGUUUUGUGGAGCCGGCUCUAUCACAGACCUUGUGAAGAACACAAAAGGGAAUACCCUGAAAGAAGACUGGAUAGCAUAUAUCUCCAGAGAGAUUCUCCGGGGGUUGGCACAUCUUCAUGCCCAUCAUGUGAUUCACAGGGAUAUCAAAGGGCAAAAUGUGUUGUUAACAGAGAAUGCAGAAGUGAAACUUGUGGAUUUUGGUGUGAGCGCUCAGCUGGACAGGACAGUUGGCAGGAGAAACACUUUCAUUGGGACUCCAUACUGGAUGGCUCCAGAAGUUAUUGCCUGUGAUGAGAAUCCAGAUGCUACGUAUGAUUACAGAAGUGACCUUUGGUCAUGCGGCAUUACGGCCAUAGAGAUGGCAGAAGGAGCUCCCCCACUUUGUGACAUGCACCCCAUGAGGGCACUCUUUCUGAUACCCAGGAACCCUCCCCCACGGUUAAAAUCCAAGAAAUGGUCGAAAAAGUUUUUCAGCUUUAUAGAAGGUUGUCUAGUGAAGAAUUACAUGCAGCGACCUUCUACAGAGCAACUGUUGAAACAUCCCUUUAUACGUGACCAGCCAAAUGAAAGGCAAGUCCGAAUCCAGCUUAAGGACCAUAUAGACAGGACUAGGAAGAAGAGAGGAGAAAAAGAUGAGACGGAGUAUGAAUAUAGUGGAAGUGAGGAAGAGGAGGAGGAAGUGCCUGAACAAGAAGGAGAGCCAAGUUCCAUUGUCAAUGUGCCUGGAGAAUCAACCCUCCGACGUGAUUUCCUGAGGCUGCAGCAGGAAAACAAGGAACGGUCUGAGGCCCUUCGGAGACAGCAGCUGCUGCAGGAGCAGCAGCUCCGUGAGCAGGAGGAGUACAAGAGGCAGCUGCUGGCAGAGAGGCAGAAACGCAUCGAGCAGCAGAAGGAGCAGAGGAGGCGGCUAGAAGAGGUAGAAACAGGAGACUGGAUUUUGUGGGGGCAGAAGCCUCUCUCCCCCUCUUUUGCAGAGCUUGCUAGUCCUGGUAAAGAAAGAAAUAAACAAAGCUAUCACACCCCUGAGCCAAAAUCCCACUAUGAGCCUGCAGAAAGAGCACGUGAGGUGGAGGAGAGAUUUAGAAAAACUAAUCAGGGCUCCCCUGAAGCACAGUCUAAACAGAUGGGCAAAGUGUUGGAGCCACCAGUGCCUUCAAGAUCAGAGUCCUUUUCCAAUGGAAACUCAGAACCUGCUCAGCCUGCCCUGCAGAGGCCAAUGGAGCCCCAGGUACAGUGGUCCCAUCUGGCAUCUCUCAAGAACAAUGUUUCCCCUGUCUCGCGAUCCCAUUCCUUCAGUGACCCUUCUCCCAAAUUUGCUCAUCACCAUCUUCGUUCCCAGGACCCAUAUCCACCUUCACGCAGUGAAGUGCUUAAUCAGAGUUCUGACUCUAAGUCGGAGGUACCCGACCCCACCCAAAAGGCUUGGGCUAGAUCAGACAGUGACGAGGUGCCUCCAAGGGUACCUGUGAGAACAACGUCCCGAUCACCAGUCCUGUCCCGCCGUGAUUCCCCACUGCAGGGCAGUGGGCAGCAAAAUAACCAAGCAGGUCAAAGGAAUUCCACGAGCAAUAUAGAGCCUCGUCUGCUGUGGGAAAGGGUGGAGAAGCUUGUACCAAGGCCAGGCAGUGGCAGUUCUUCUGGCUCAAGCAACUCUGGCUCACAGCCUGGCUCCCACCCUGGCUCUCAGAGCGGGUCUGGAGAGCGGUUCAGGAUGAGAUCAUCAUCCAAAUCAGAGGGUUCGCCAUCACAGCGCCAUGAAAGUGCACCUAAAAAGCCUGAAGAGAAAAAGGAAGUCUUCAGACCUAUCAAGCCUGCUGGAGAAGUGGAUUUAACUGCAUUGGCGAAGGAGUUGCGAGCAGUAGAGGAUGUGCGACCUCCACAUAAAGUAACAGAUUACUCAUCCUCAAGUGAGGAGUCAGGGACAACAGAUGAGGAAGAUGAUGAUAUGGAACAAGAAGGAGCGGAUGAAUCUACUUCUGGACCAGAUGAUGUCCGAGCAGUGUCAACGUUGAACUUGAGCAAUGGUGAAACAGAGUCAGUAAAAACCAUGAUUGUCCAUGAUGAUGUGGAGAGUGAACCUGCCUUGACUCCUUCUAAGGAGGGCACCUUAAUUGUUCGACAGAGUACAGUUGACAAAAAGCGUGCCAGCCAUCAUGAGAGCAAUGGCUUUGCCGGUCGCAUUCACCUCUUGCCAGAUCUCUUACAGCAAAGCCAUUCCUCCUCCACUUCCUCCACCUCCUCCUCCCCAUCCUCCAGCCAGCCGACACCCACCAUGUCCCCACAGACACCCCAGGACAAGCUAACUACUAAUGAGACUCAGUCCGCUAGUAACACACUCCAGAAACACAAAUCUUCCUCCUCCUUUACACCUUUUAUAGACCCCAGAUUACUACAGAUUUCUCCAUCUAGUGGGACAACUGUGACUUCUGUGGUAGGAUUUUCUAGUGAAGCAAUGAGAUCAGAGGCAAUAAGGCAAGACCCUACACGGAAAGGAUCAGUUGUCAAUGUGAACCCCACAAACACACGGCCACAGAGUGACACACCAGAGAUUCGCAAAUACAAGAAGAGAUUCAAUUCUGAGAUUCUGUGUGCGGCCUUAUGGGGAGUGAACUUGUUGGUGGGCACUGAAAGUGGUCUGAUGCUGCUAGACAGAAGUGGGCAGGGGAAGGUUUAUCCACUCAUCAAUCGAAGACGAUUCCAGCAAAUGGAUGUACUUGAAGGGCUGAAUGUCUUGGUGACAAUUUCUGGUAAGAAGAACAAGUUGCGAGUUUACUAUUUGUCGUGGUUAAGAAAUAAAAUCCUUCACAAUGAUCCUGAAGUAGAAAAGAAACAGGGCUGGACAACGGUGGGCGACUUGGAAGGCUGUGUGCACUAUAAAGUUGUAAAAUAUGAAAGAAUCAAGUUCUUGGUAAUUGCAUUGAAGAGUUCUGUGGAAGUCUAUGCAUGGGCACCAAAGCCAUACCAUAAAUUUAUGGCCUUUAAGUCAUUUGGAGAAUUGGUACAUAAGCCAUUGCUGGUGGAUCUAACUGUAGAAGAGGGUCAGAGACUAAAAGUGAUCUAUGGCUCCUGCGCUGGCUUCCAUGCUGUUGAUGUGGAUUCAGGAUCGGUCUACGAUAUUUAUCUACCAACACAUAUCCAGAGUAGUAUCCAACCUCACGCAAUCAUCAUCCUCCCAAACACGGAUGGGAUGGAGCUGCUGGUCUGCUAUGAGGAUGAAGGAGUUUAUGUCAACACAUAUGGAAGGAUAACCAAGGAUGUGGUUCUGCAGUGGGGAGAAAUGCCAACUUCAGUUGCAUACAUCCGAUCUAACCAGAUCAUGGGCUGGGGAGAAAAAGCUAUCGAGAUACGGUCGGUGGAAACUGGACACUUGGAUGGUGUGUUCAUGCACAAGAGGGCACAAAGACUCAAAUUCUUAUGUGAACGCAACGACAAGGUUUUCUUUGCCUCCGUGCGGUCAGGUGGAAGCAGUCAAGUCUAUUUCAUGACCCUUGGCAGGACUUCACUUCUGAGCUGGUAGAAGCAGUGGGAUUUGGAGAGGAAUUGCUGACAUCCAGAGUCUGAGAUCUUCAUAACUUGGAAUUAUUUUCAACUGGAGUACAGACCUGCACGAGUGCAGCACUCUGUGUAAAUGUGUGUGCAGGCAUCACUGGUGUUAGGUUUCUUUAUGUUUUUCAACUGAGGCUGCGACGCAGCUGGUGCUGUAAAGAUAUUGCCAUCAGGUGCUACAAUGUCUUUGAGAUUUGGGAUCACGCUAGAAAGCUACAGGUCUUCUUUUCCCUUCAGCUCCAGUAUUCCUAGGAUUUGAAGGACUCUGUUUGUUAGUGUUAAAACAGAGGAGGGAGGGAAAAAAGGAAGAAAAACAAACCAGGCUUACCAUGACCAUGCUGUUUGUUGAGUGGACAAGAGGCAGGCAAGAGAAGGUGAGAAGUGGUGUAGAGAGUCAGACUGGCUGAAACAGAGGGCAGAUCUAGUCUAGUAAUGUUAACAAUGUAUUUAAUUGACAUUUCUUUUUUGUAAUGUGACAAUAUGUGGACAAAGAGGAAGGUGCAGGUUUUAAGAAGUUAAUAUUUAUAAAAUGUGAAAGACACAGUGACUAGGAUAACUUCUUUUUGGGGACAGGGAGGGUGGGAAGGGGCUUGGGGUGGAAUUCUUAGGGUUUUUUUUGUUUCUGCAGUUUUAUUUUGGCCUGGCCAAUAACUUUAGUCAUUUUCUGUGUACCAGGUGUUGCCUGAAACAUGUGCAGGUGAUAUUAAAAAAAAAAGGAAAAAAAAAUUCACUUUCUAUAAUGAUUCUGUGUUAGGCCAGAACUUGGUUAUGUCACAGUAUUAGCACUGCCUCAGUUAAAGGUUUAAUUUUUGUUUAAACCUAGAAGUGCAACAACAGUUUUACCACAGUCUGCACUCGCAGAACUUAAAAAAAAAAGAAAAAAGAAAAAAAGGAAUAAAAUCCAAACUACAUAUGUUUAUUUUUUUGUGCCUACCUCAUUGUUUUUAAUGCAUAAAAUAAAAGAGGUGGUUUAGUUUAUACGUUUUUAGAAGAAAACCAUUAAUGUCUAAUUUAAUCUUAAUACCAAAACUACCAGAUUGAAAGGUUUCUGACUGUUAUUGCAUAGCAAGUUUCAGCAGGAGGAGCGAGUAGGGACAAUAGUCGUAGCGGUAUGGCAGUGAGACACUGAUCAAUGUAAUCUGCUUACAAAAUUUGGUAAAGCAAGCAUUUUAUAAACCAGUUUCAUCCUUAACAGAAGUAUGAAUUUAGCCUAAACCAGAGGUUUGACUCUUCUAACACAUGGGCUUAGUAACAGGCAGGUAAAAGUAACUAGGCUAGUUCUAUAAAUUGUUAAAUGUUGUAGGAAACAUUUUGGGGCGGUGAUGUUUUUCUUUUUUAAGAAUGCAAUGCACUAAAACUCUUUUAAGAAUGUAGUUAAUACUGCUUAUUCAUAAAAACAGCGUAUACCUGUGUUUAGAUGUAAGAUCCCAGCUCUGGCUUUUUUCCUUUCUUUUUUUUUUUUUUUAAGUCAGUUUUAUUUUAUGAAUAAGUUCUGACAUUUUUAAUAAAUGUCUUGAGAGUAAUAAUUUGUUUAGUGGCUACAUGUUCAUUACUUGAGAAAUCUUGAGUGUAUAAUAAUCUGUUGGUGUUGUAAUAAUGCACAGUGUCACGUUUCAGCCAUUUUCCUUUUUGUUUUCUUUUUUUUUUCCCCCUUAAUUCCUUUGGUGGGGUACUUUGCUGACAGCUGCCUUAAGCUGUUCAUUUAGUGAACAGGCUCUCAGUGUUUCAUGGGCUUUGUCUUCUGCUGUGGUUAACUUUCCUUCAUGGCAUGACAGGUAGGGCUUUUUAAACACGUUUUCUUCAAUUCAGUCAAGCUGAUGGCUCGAGCGACUGGUCACACAAUCAAUUAAGAGCCAAGAGCACCAAGUGUGCAAAGCUCAGACUCAACAGACCCUUCUUUUGGUGUCAGAUCUGACUGCUGUAAAUCCUUCAACCCCGACCAGCGCUGCUGCUGAGGACUCUCCUUCGAACGCCGCAGAGGUUGAAAAGCGCGCGGUAAUUGCGUACCUCCAGCGCAUGCGUGUGCACACAGCAACCCCCACUCCCCCACCCCCCAAAAAGAAUCAAAACUCAAGAAAGCCUUACAUUUGCUGGCGGAGGAAUACCUAGAACUAUUUUUUUUUAAUUGUAUGACUUUUGGAUAGUGUUGAAGGUGAAGGAUGUGUUCUUUUCAGGCCCGGUGUGGUCAGCCAGAAGAACGAUCAACCUUUUGUACUAUAAUGAACUAAAGGGGACUCGGAAAUCCAGCGUGAUGGUAGACAUGGGUGUGAUCACAGAGCUGCCCUGUAGUGUAGUUUGCCGAAGCUGAUUCGAUCGAAUGUCAGUCUGCGUGAUUUAAAUCUUCCAGUGCUAUGUGGUCAAAAUUAAUCUAGUCCUUGAAAGCUGAUGCUAUUCACCUAGAGGAAGAUGCUCCAGUGCUAUAGGGAUGCCCAGGUCAUGGAUAUGUGCUGUUGAAGUUUUCAGGCUCUGGGGGAGGGUGGAAAUCUCCUUCCUUCAGAGGGCCUGCCCAUCUGGCAGCUUCUGCCUCUGCAGAAGCGCCAACAUGGCAAGGUAAAAACAGUAUUACAAAACCACUUCGUAUACCAACAUGGAACUCUUCAAACAGUGCUUUUGUAAGCAAAGAAGAAAAGAAAAGCUCCUAGGUUUAGUUUUAAGCUUUAAUAAGUAAUAAUUUUCUGUAUCUUUAAGUCAAAGUAACCCUAACUUGUAUGACUGCAGUGUUUUUAUUUUUUAUCUUAUGCACAUGUUAUGUUGGAGAAAAUGUUUACAAAAAUGGUUUUGUUACACUAAUGUGCAUCACAUAUUUAUGGUUUAUUUGAAAGUGAUUUUUGUGGGUUUUUUAGUUUUUCAUAGUAGUAGUAGUACACUUUUUGUGAUUUAUAACCCCAAACUCUGCUGAUUAUAAAGAUGCUAAACAAUAAUACAAAAUGACAAACUGCAUUAAAAUUACUAAUCGUAGAGCUGCAAAGCAGACUGGUGACAAGUAAAACACUCAGCCUUUUUUUUGCAGUGCUAUCUAACUUGUCUUCUGUGUAUUAUGGAAAUUACUGUUUUUUCCCCGUUUUUCCUUAAAUAAAGUCAAAUUGACACCUAC